AAGACGACGUGGCCAAUAUGGUGGUUAUAGCCAAUAAUAAAAAAAUAUUACACCCAUAAUCAAAUGAAUAAUUUGACAAGCGAAUAAAUUGUUAUUAAAUAUAAGUAAUAAUCAAUAAAAUUGUGAAGUUAUUUAUUAAAAAAAUAAAUUAAAAUGGGUCUUUGUAAAUGUCCAAAGAGAAAAGUUACAAAUCAAUUUUGUUUUGAGCACAGAGUUAAUGUUUGUGAACACUGUAUGGUGACAAAUCAUCCAAAGUGUGUUGUUCAAUCAUAUCUUCAAUGGUUAAAAGACAGUGAUUGUAAUCCAAUAUGUACAAUAUGCAAUAAAUUUAAAAAUUCUGAUUGUAUUAGAUUAACAUGUUAUCAUGUAUUUCACUGGUCAUGUUUAGAUACAUAUGCUAGAAAUUUACCAUCAACAACAGCACCAGCUGGUUAUACAUGUCCAAGUUGUCAAUAUUGUAUAUUUCCAGGAGCAAAUUUAGUAUCACCAGUUGCUGAUGUAUUAAAAGAAAAAUUAUGCAGUGUUAAUUGGGCAAGAGCUGGUCUUGGUUUGCCACUGUUGAGCAUUGAUAAUGAUCAAAAAAUAAUAAAUAAUCACAAUACAUCAAUUGAACCACUAGUCUAUCAAAAUCAUGUACCAUCAAUAUCAUCAUCAACAUCAAUUGCAACAGCAAGAACAAGCAGCAAUGUUAAUUCAAUUAAUCAAAAUAAUAUACAUAAUAAUAAUAUACAAAAACAAGGACCACCAUAUUCAAUUGUUAAUAUUGAAGGUUCAAGUUCAAUGGAUAGAAAAGUAUUUGAAGCAUAUGAUGAACCAAAAGACAUGUUAUUUGAUCAUGAUGAAAAUAAAUAUCAACGUAAAUCAGCAAUUGAAUGGUUUUUAAGAUGGUGGAAAUUAAUAACACGACCACCAGCUAGAAGACGUUCAAAUCCAGGUUCAAUUUAUAAAAGAUAUGCAUUAAUUGGAAUGGUUGGUGUUUUAUUUUUUGUUUUUAUUAUUAUAUUAUUUUCAUGGCUUGGUAGAAUGAAUACUGAUAAUGAUCCAUCAUUUAAUCUUCUUGCAAAUCCAAAUAUUAAUAUUGAAAAGGACAAUGUAAUUUAGGUGAUAUUUUUUGUUAAUUUAA